AAGAGUGAAGGGACGACCAUGUCAACAAGUGAGACAGGAAAGGAGGGUCUCAGAAUAAAAUUGUUGAACAGAGCCUAGGGAGUAGUAAAGCCUUGAGCAACCAAAACUACUAGGAAUAUUAUUUCUAACCUUCGGAAAUUAAGUACUCAUUCUGGUGAACUUAUAAACUGUGAGUGUGUGUAUUUCAGUUUGGUGGUAUCACCUGUGCAUAUAGUGGAUAGUAUGAAGUGGUGAUUCAAUCGGACUUGUAUAACUAGUCAUAUUUACUAAAUUUCAGCUGGUCUGAAAGAACAAGUUUAUACAAAAUGAAACUAUUAAGUAUCGCUACAGUUUUAGUAGGAUUGAUUUGUUUAGUUCAGCACGGGGCAUUCAGCCAGCCGACAGCAGUCACAACACAGGCACCCCCACCUCCUAACAUCAUCGCAUUUGGUUUCUAUUUCGUCAACGUGAAUAAGCAAGAGCUGGCAAACAAGACGUCCCUGCUGUACAAUACCACCAGAGCACAGAUUUCUCAAGCCUUGGCCAGCACUGGCGGCACUUUAGAUGACGUGGUCUUUACUAUUGGGGGUGGAUGCACCAAAGUGUAUGUAACAUUACGUAAUGGUGACCAGAUGAAAGUAAUAGCUACUUUUGACCAGUUUAAAAGCAAAGGUCUCAUGGUCAAUAAUCAGACAUGGAGGGUUUCAUUUAAAGAAUGUACACGUGACAGUUUGGUUUACUUUAAGUUCUAUGUAACUGGACUGACUUGGGACACAAAAUAUAGCACAGACAACAACACUGUCACCUCUGCCAUCAUCAAUGCAUUUUCUGAUUUGGGAGGAAGCUUUAGAACCAUUAAACUCUUUGAUAACACAGGAUGUGUGGGUGUCAACAUCGAAUUGGAAAUGAUUGACCCAACAUCUGUCUUCUCAAUGACCAGUAAGCUCUUAGAAACAGGGCUGACAGUUGCUAAUAAAAGUUAUAAUGUGACAAUGACUCCUUGUAGUAACAUCACAGCUAACACUGAUCAGUGUCCAGUUCUAUCUAGUGGAGGUUCUGGCACAUCAUGUACAAAUGAUACAAUUUGUGAGGCAGGACAGAAGUGUUGCUCUAAUGGAUCUGGCCAAACUUGUCAACCAGUUGGCUAUAAGGUGAAAAUUGCAGGAGUUUUGUUGGUGAACAUGACUGCCAAUGAGAGCUUAAUGAUGCAGACUAACCUGACACAAUCAAUCAAGUCCCAGGUUUUUAUGGCACUUGGUAACCAGACAGUUAAAUAUGUUGAACUGAAAUCUAUUAGCACUUAUAAAUAUAUUAAUAUGAUCAAUACUCUACUAAAUAUCAAUCUUUACCUGGUUGAUGACCUGACCAAAGAGAGCUUGCGCAUGCUGGAAAAGAAGCUGGUCAACAUUGUCCUGCAGUGGAACAGUCUGAAUGGAAUUGUCACAGUGGCAAAACUGGGCAUUGACAAUAUCCACAAUGAUCCAGUUGUGUGUGGCUCUGAACAGAAGUGUUAUGGCAUCUGUAAGACGUACAUAGAUGGUCAGACAACAUGUUCCUGCAGCGUUGGCUACUAUGGCUCAGAUUGCAACACAUUUGAUUGUCGCACAGUCUUUUCUAUAAUUGCCAAUACAACUGUUCACCGCUGCAAAAACAAUGGAACCUGUGCUGAAGCAGCUGAUGCCCAUGGAUAUCAGUGCACCUGUCCACCAGGUUACUAUGGUGACACCUGUGAAGCUCGACUCUGUGACUACUUGAUAAACCCGUGCAGUGGUCAAGGAUCCUGUAUUGGUUCUAUAUCUGAUGGCAGAUUGUGUGACUGUAAUUCUGGAAGAGGGGGCCUGGCUUGUGAAAAGGAAACAAAGGAUAACUUAACAAGCUGUGAGCUGAGACAGAGGUUGACGCAAGCUGUCAAUACAAAUAUUCAAACUUCAAUGCCAUCUUUGUUGAAUUUUACAUUGGACAUUAAGGAUGUGUUCAAAGCUGUUGGAGUGAAGCAUUACAAGGUACAGAAUUGCUCCCAGAACAAAGAAAGCUCCAUUGAAUGUUUAUAUGACAUAGCCAAUGGGCAACCACAGCAGUGCAACUGCUCAUUUCUGAAUGGAACGAGUGGAUUCUUCUACGGGCCUGCAGACUGCAGAGCUUUUGCUCCAGCCACUCACACAAACAUAGUGCUCUACAUUUUGACAGACUGGCCUGAUGACAUAGAAAAAAGGAUGGAAAUCUAUAAUAGGCUGUCAGAAUUCUUUUUUACGUUAGAAUCUUUGUAUGUAGGACCAGUAGCUUACAACGGAAGACCUGGAUGUGUGGCUGCAACUGUACCUGUAAUGCUAAAUAAUCCAGGAAAUCUCAACUUUACAAUCCAGAAGAUAAAGAACACAGGAAUAUUGUUAAAUAACAAGAUAGUUCAAAUCACUAAUGAAAAUUGUGAUUUUACAGCUGAUUUAAACCUGCUAAACUUCAAACUACCGUUGGUAAAUUUCACCUGGUCUGAUAGUUUAAAAAAUCAUUCCUCGGAGAUGUAUACAGCUGUCUUGAUGGCAGUGCAAAGUACAUUCUCGAAUCUAACUGGAAAACCAAGAUAUCUAGAAGUAGUACAAAAGUCAGACUGCGCUGUCAUUGAUGUGCAAUGGGAGACAACCAACAUCAGCAAUUUCUUCACGCUGAUGGAUAAGUUGAAAACCAACGGACUGGUAAUAAGUAACAAGACCUAUGGUGUUAAUAAACAGCAGUGCAAUGUUACAGAUGACUCAGUCAUUGUCGACUUCAAGUUCUUUGUUAUUCAAUUGCCUUGGCUGGAUAGUUACACUGACAUCAAUUCUGAUGACUUUAAGCAGUUCCGAAAUGCUCUCAUAACUAAUAGCUCAUUAAAAGACCUCGAUGGGUCUCCGGAAACAUUAAUUCUGAUGAAAAGGGAUAGUUGUGUAGAGGUUUAUGUUCAGUGGAGAAAUGCUAGUAAACUUUUCUCUGUGAUGGAUAAUCUGAGAAAGACUGGAUUAGAUCUGAAUGGUGUGCACUACAACAUCAGUAUGAAGCCUUGCACUUUAGAACCUGUUAUGUUACUGACAUAUAAAAAAGUAAAACUGUAUUCCAACACAUUAAAAUGGAGUGAUACAUUAAAGAUUGAAAGCUCUGCUGAAUACUUGGCUUUGCAAAAAGAUUUUCUGAACCAGUUUAAUGUGAAUCUUGACAGCUUUAAACUGGAUGUAAGCUUUGGAUGUAUUGAACUAGAUAUUGACUUCAAUAUAAACAGUAAUGAUUUAUCCAAGGUGGAUAGUAUGUACAGUGAUGGAGUCACAUUGAAUGGAUCUAAAUUUACCACACAAUUCUGCAGCUCAGUUGUUUACCAUAGCAAAUUUAUGUGGAACAUCACAUUUGAAUAUUUAUACACAAAUGUGGGAAUGCUUGACAGAACAAGUAUUGAAUUGCAGUUGAAUUUGGGAAUGAGGCAGUAUAAUAUACCUGGCUAUAACAUUUCAAGAAUUGUUGGAUUUGCUCCUGCAACUAGCGACCAAGCCAGAGUCAAGCGUCAAACCAGUGGCACUGUGUGUAUGAUUGAGAGCCUGUUCACAUCUGAAGUCCCUGUGAGUAGACUCUAUGAGGUCAGACAAGAGUUGCUGAAGAAAAAGACUCUGAGUGAGAUGACAAUACUCAAUAUUACAUUUGGUUAUGGAGGUGGAUGCCCUACUGAGAAUUGUUUCAAUAUGUCCUUCUGUGUCAGCACUGCUGAUGGAUUCAAGAAAUGUGCUUGUCCUGAUAUGUAUUUUGGCAAGACGUGUUCAGAUAAAAAUACAAGUGUCAUAUGUUCUAAUGAGACUGUCUGCAAGUCUGAUGAGAAAUGUUAUAGAACUAUCACCUGUUUAGGGGACAACUGUAAAGACAAAAAAACUGUAUGUAUAGCCAAGAAUAAAAACUUAGCCUGUGAUAACCAGACUUGUGCCUCUGGCCCUUGUGACCCAUGCAAUGGUAAAGGAGUCUGCUAUAACCGAGUGGCAGAUAGAGGAAAUGAUCUUUUUUCUGCUGGUCGUGUGAGUUACUAUUGUGAAUGUAACUCUGGCUUUGGUGGUGACUCUUGUGAAGUGAACCAAACAAUCUGCCAGAAAUUUCAAGAUGUCUGCAAGCCCACAGCAUGUCUGGGUGACCUGGAGAAUGGUCAAAUCUGUCAAUGUCCAGAUCUUUAUGGAGGAUUAUUCUGUAACAAGCUUGCUCGUACUCCUUGUGAGAAAUGGAAGGCCUUCUAUGAGGAUGUGCAGAGCAUUCAAUCAGGCAAUCCAGCUUUGAACAUUACCAAUGAACAGAAGAGUAUUUUGAUGAGCUUUAAAGUUAGUUUGAACGACACAGUCUGCUCUAUGGAUGUCUGUAAUGGAGUGCUGUGUCAGGCAGGUGAGAAGUGUGUAGCUGAGAAUGUCACAUGCAGCACUGGAAUGUGUAACCUUGGAGUGUGUAAAGCAACCAUGAAACCUGGUGUCUGUCCAAGGCCUGACAUAAGUUCCUUCAACAAGCUCUUGUCCAAUGGUUUAGCGGCGUGUUCUCCUGGGGACUGCUUCGAUGACUCAGAUUGCGAUGGGGAAGAAAAAUGUUGUGGGCUCUGUGGAAGCAAGUGUGUGAAGCCAGCAGCAACAAGCGCAUGUGCUGAUGAUUUGGCAGCUGCAUCAGACUUGAAGGAGUUAGUCAGCAGGAGCAAACUGGCAAUCAGAAAUGUUAAACAGGACAGUGAUGCUUACAAAGUCAUCAUGAGACUGGCUAAUAUUAGCAGCUUGUGGAUUCCUAAGUGUAAAAAUAAAGAGUUGUAUGAAGCUUUACAGUGCUUGGAGUCCACAAGUAACCAGACUGAACCUAAGACCUGCUUCUGUGUUGAUGUUUGGGGGAAAAAAAUUGCAGGAAUCUCCCCCAACCCCAGUGAUCCGAACUCUUGCACUGUUAAGCCUUUCACAUGCCCAGUGCUUGAACCACCCUCUCCCUCUGUUAGAAUGUUUGAUUGCACUAGUGAUCUGGACUGCUUUGGAAGUAACAAGUGUUGCAGUUAUGGUGUGGGCAAGAUGUGCACUACUCCUGUAGAUGAGAGUCAAAUGAUCACUGUAUUGGACAAAGUGAUGAACAGAGCUUGUACUGUGUCCACCAAUCUUUGUUUAGGCAAUGCUACCUGCAAUGGUGAUUGGAAGGCCAAAGGUGAGAUCUGUGUCUGUCCACAAGGUCGCAUUGGCCCAUUCUGUGAAAACACGACUACAGGACCGGCAUUAACAUCUUGCCAGAAAAAAGCUUUGGCUUAUACUGUGUUGAGAGGUGGUAGACUGGUCAGUAUGUCCAACAUGUCGAAUGUCAUUGUGUUGCAACAGGUUUUGCCAUCCUACAACAACUCGACUGAACCAUUUACAGUGACCGAUUACAAUUGUCUGCCCAAUGGAGACUACUCGCCCACCCAGUGUGUCCACUACCUCUCCUUUCCCAGCAUGUCUUAUGUCAAUGACACUGAGUGCUUUUGUGUGGAUCAGAACGGUCAAGAAAUUCUGGGCACCAGGAUAUCAGCCACAUUGGGCCAACCUUUCUGUGGAAAGAACUCAAUGUGUCCGAUCGGCAAUCCCUUGUCUGAUGAUAGUGGAAAUCCACAGACUUGUAACAGCAGCUUGAAAACUCCUGAAGGUUAUGUCUGCAAGCGCAGCAGAUAUGGUCGGAUGUUCUACUGCCCUACUGCAGAAGCCUUGGACAGCAUCUGCAAUUUAACCUUGGAUGUGGGACCCUCAAACUCUGAGGCUUGUUCAUCCACCAACUCUACUAGAUAUUAUUACAAUGCUACCACUAAAACUUGUCAGACGUUUACAUUUAAAGGUUGUGCUGGGAACCCCAACAACUUUUUAACAGUAGAUAACUGCGCUGCUCAAUGCAUUAAGAACCCCAACAUGCGUCCUGGUUCCUGCCCUAGUGACAAAGUUUCAGUUGCAAGAGGCCAGUGUAAAGACCAGUGUUCAUCAGACGUGGACUGUGGCCUGGCUCAAAAGUGCUGCAAGAUCAACUGUGCCAGGCAAUGUGUCCCGGCAGUGGAUGAAUCCAACAAGAAUUUAAAAUGUCCUCUUGGUCAGUCUCGUGGUCAGUGUAGUGCUAGCACACCAUGUGGGAAAGGACUCUAUUGCAAUAAUGGAUUUUGCUGCUUAAAUUAUAAUGGUGAAGAAGAUUCAGACUUUUGCUCAGUUCCACCUGUAUUAGGUGAGAAUUGUGCUACCCCAGAAGAAAGAUAUUUCUACAACUCCACCUCCCAGAUGUGCCAGAAGUUUAACUACAGUGGAUGCCAGCCAGAGUUUAACAACUUUGCCAGCUUGGACGACUGCUGCACAUCUUGUGGAAAGAAAGGUCGUUGUAAAGUUGGUGAGUGUCCUGCUAUAAAGAUAGGGUCUAUCAGCUCCUGUGGCAACCAAUGCUCAGCUGAUGGUGAAUGCCCAGGAAAAAAGAUCUGUUGUUCUACAGGCUGUGGAUUUCAAUGUGUUCUUCCUGCAGUCAGCAGCAAUACUUCUGAUUGUGUAGCCAGGCAAACGCAAGUUAAGAUCAAGAUGAAUCUCAAUGUCACAGACAAAGAUCCCAGAGGAUGUGACGUUACCCAUAUUCCCAGGUGCGAAUCAGAUGGUUCAUGGUCUAAGCUGCAGUGUCAGCCUACUCUUGGUAUUUGUUGGUGCGUCACAUCUCAAGGCAAUUAUGUAGAGAACACUAUCACUAAAGGAUCACCUCCAUGUAACACAAUAUCUGUGCCUGUACUGGAUGCAUCAGAUAUAGCCAAGAAAGAUGUUUCUUCAGCAAAUAUUACUGUCUGCCAAACUGGCACUAGCCCCAAGUGUUGCCCUGCUGCUCUGUGCCACAAGCCAUGUGCUGCAUAUCCCAAUGCACAAUGUGUCAUUGAUCCCUGUGGGGGCUGCACUGUUAAGUAUUAUGAUGAAACAGGAUUAGUUGACUGUACAGAAAAGUUCACUACCUGUGAAAAGGAAAGGAAUGAUGUCAUUUCCUAUGUGUUGGAGAACCACAUCACAUCAAUGCUGGCCAUGAACAUGAACCUUGAUGAUCUUGAGGAUGAAAUGAACACAACCUCAACAUCCUCCAUGACAACAGGCAUAGCUCUAGUUACCAGUAUUCCAGUUAGAUGUCAGCUUCAACCUGAUCCAGGAACAUGUAAAGGCUACAUGCCUCAGUGGUACUAUGACGUGGCCUCAUCUACUUGUAAGCUGUUUAUCUGGGGCAUGUGUGAUGGUAACAUGAACAGGUUCCCGACAGCUGACACCUGUUAUCAAACUUGCAAUGCACAAGCCAGCCCUUGUGUUGGACACAACUGUACAUCGCCUAACAUGUGCACUUUAGGGUUUGAAGAAAACUGCAUGAUGGGAAUGGAUUGUGAAUUAAAACCAACAUGUAAAGCUCCCAUGCCUACAUCCCUUGUGUAUGGGCCCUAUGUGCCACAGUGCAUGACAGGUGGAUACAGCUACAAGCAGUGCUUUGGAGGCUAUUGUUGGUGUGUGUAUGAGAACGGAACGUACAGUGAUGGACUCUCCAACAAAAAUGUGGACAACUUGGAUUGUUCCUCAUCGACCUCUUCAUCAGCUGCUUUAGAGAACUGCACCAAUGGCCAGCCACCUAAUGUCAACUGUGUCAAGGCAUGUAACAACAAAGUGUGUCCUGACUACCCAAAUGCUCGCUGUGUGGUAGACAUGUGCUCUCCAACCUGUGAAACAAGAUUUGUGGAUGCCCAGGGAAGCAGUGUCACUUGUGGAGUCAAUCGCUGUAAGGUGUUCUCUUUUAAUGGGACUGAACAAGCUAGCUGUGUGGCUACCAGCUUGUGCCCUAAUGCCAGACCCUGUCCAGAAUCCAUUUGCCAGGAAGCACUGAUGAAAAACUGCAGCUCUAAUCCUUGUGCUGUGUGCCUCACUGACCCAUGCACCUGCAUGCCUUACUUUGUAGACGCUCGCACUAGAAAAAAUUUAACACAGGCCCAAUGCACUUACUUAUCUCAAGGAACCUGUGCUAUUAAAUCUUGCAAUGUUAAAAAAGAGGCUGUGCUUGCUAGACUGAACAACCUGGACGUGACGGACAAUGUAGACAGAAUUCCAACUUGCACAGAUGCUGGCAAAUUUGUACCCAAGCAGUGUCUUGAUGACACCUCAUGUCAUUGUGUCAAUGCCUUUGGUCAGAUUGUCAAUGAGACUGUUGAUGCCAACACACCUUGCAAAGCUAUUGAAGAGAUCAAGACUAUCAGAUCCACAUUUACAUACAGAGCAGACUUUAAAAAGUUUAAAGAGUUGGACAAGUUGCCACUAAUCAAGAAUCAGUUUUGGAAGAAGACAAUGACCUUUGGCAUUGAUAAUGCCACCAUUAAGACCGUCACUGAUCCCUAUGAAGGCAGCAUUAAAAUCAAUAUGACCUUGGAGUCAAAUCCUAAUUCUGCCAACACUGACAUGACUAUUGUCUUCAUUGUUGUUAGUCAGGCUGUGAAUGACUUUAACCUAAUAAUAGACAAUGAGACACUGGAAGUGAUAGUAGACAGCAGCACAGUUCAGUCAGAAGCCGCAACAAGUGAUACUCCUGAGGUAACAGAUGCCAGUAGCGGCCUGUCAGAAAGAGAUAAGAUCAUCAUUGGCUGUGUUGUCGGCAUUGGAGGUGGCCUCAUUCUCAUCACCAUUAUCAUCUUGUGUGUUUGCUGCUAUCACAGGAAAGAAAAGAAUGGCAAAUCAGCAAGCUAUGGCCAUAUUGGGGCUGCUGAGAAUGCCAACUAUGAUGAGCCCCCAGCCAGAAUGAAUCAAGCCUACAAGUACGAUGAUGAUGGGGAGGAUGACAGAUAUAUCAAAGUCAAACUCUAGUAUCCUUCUGUAACAUAGAAAUACCACAAUUUUCAAACUUCAAGAAAAAACUUAGACAUCACAUAGAUAUAAAUUUUUGUUUUUUGUUUCAUGUACAAAACAUUGACUCGAUUGAUUUGAGUUUUAAUUAAUUUUUUUUUAUUCUAUUUUAUUUAUGUAAUAAAAAUUUGUGAUGAAAUUACCCCAAAAAAAUAUUUAAACUAGUUUGUAUAAAGACAUUAUUUUACUUUGUUUAAAUACUUAAUGAUCUGAUAAAAGCUAAUAGUCCAUUUAAAAAAAAAAAAAAAGAAUUCCAACUUCCCAAAAAACCUUUUUGUACAACAUUGCAGUAGUAAAAAAAAUAAAAAUAAAUAUAUUACCUUUAUGUUAUCUUAGUAAAAUUAACCACAAUUAUUAAAAAAAAAGGACCUUGAAGAAUUUUAAAAUGAAUUUCAUGCACCUUAAUGAUAUGUUUCAAUAAAAUGUCAAAGGAUAAAAAAAAAUCUUAAAUCUGCUGAAAUCUUUGUAAUUACUUUAAUUAUAUGUCAGCCUCAAAUAACUAUACACUGAAUCCUGUCAUUUUUAUAUUGUUUUUGUACUAACAUUGUAAAUUAAAUUGAAUUUCUUUUUAAAAGACAACUUACCAUGUAAUGCAGAAUUUUACAUUGAUUAUAUGCUUACUGUAAAGUUGUAAUCUGAUGACUGCCAAUCUGAAUGAAUAUAUUUAAAGACUACUCUUUACAAAUGAAAUGGUAUAAUCUAUAGUACUUUUAAUGGUGUAUAUUUUAACUUCUGUCUAAGAAACUUGUUUAGACUUUGCUGUUACAAAAUUCAUAAGUGAAUGCUUAAAUUUUUCAUAAUGCUAUACAAUUUGGCUCAAAUUGAUUUUUACCUCAUAUGCUAGCAUUUUUAUGCAUACUGUUGUGGUUGUUUUGUAAUAAUAAUAGAUGUAAAAUAGAUCUAGGUCUAGAUGAAGUAUUAUUUACUAGCUUCUGGAGUUCGUUUACAACCAAAUAACAUAUAUUAAAUUCUAUAAAAUACUUGAGAAAACGAUAGAUACUUGGCAAAUAGUAUUUAAUCCAAAAUGAAGGGGCACAGUCCAAAUGUCAACAGUUACUAAAGAUGAUGUCUCGCCAUUAAGAGGAGUGAGUCGUUCUUGUCCUGUCCGUUAAAAUUAAUCCCAUCAUUCCUAUUCAGUUAAUAUCCCAUAAUUUCCCUAUUUCUGUCUAACAUAGUCUAUUUAUAGUCUCGUCAAAUUCCCAAUUAAAGUAAACCUAUAACAGUACACAAUGAAAGCAAUAACAUUAUAUAAAAAAAAAAUACAGAAGGUAGUUUUUUUUUAUCUUAUCAACGUAGACUCAUUCAGAUUAGUAGAAUCUUGAUCAAAAAUGUGUUGUUUUUCCACUAUAUAUCAACUUUGUAAUGGUAUACUCUACAUGUUACUGCUAUUGUAGUUUGGUUAACUACGACCCCAAAAAAUUAUUUUUUUUAAUGUUAACAUUCCAUUAUAUAAAGUAUUUUAUAUUUGACUUUAUUUGCAUAUAUUUAUUGUAAAUUUUUUUUUUUACUAUUAUUUAUAUAUGAAGUUUAAAAAAUCUGGUGCCUUGCCUAAAAAAUAAAAUGAAACAUUACAAGCAAUGUAGAUGGUAGAGAAAAGGCAUUAAUGCCUGUGUUUUCAAGUCACAUGUUUUUCAGUACUUUGUAUGUAGACAGGUGUUGCUGUACAUUAACUCUUUCUCUCCUAACUGAUGAUACCAACGUUGAUUCCACCAGAAUGUGGUAAAUAAUUACGGAGAGAAAGAGUUAAAUCAAGUUUUCACCAGAAUUUCAAUAUGAAACUUUUAUAACUUUGUAACAUUCCACCAACGUUUUGUUUUAUGUUCAGUCUUUAUUAGCCCAGCUACUUCCCGAUUUGUCUGGGUCUUUUAGCGCUGCUGAGAUUGCUAAAAAAAAACAUUUAUAAGACUCUUGAUUUUUUCUUAAUUGGCUACAUUGCAUUGUAACAUUAUGCCAACAUUGUCCUAAGUAAGCUUAUAAUUUUCAUCUUGAUAUACAACCCUAUGUUUUAGAAAAAAAACUAAAAAAAACAAACUAGGACAACCAGAAAGUAUCAGAUAAGUAGAGGUUAUAAUAAAGGGAAAUAACGGUAAAAUUGUUUCAAUGACUUUAUUCUUUAUUGCUCUCCCUUGCUUUUUAAAUCUUGAACAAUAUAUUUGAUGUCAUGAGUUAAAAAAAGAAAUCUUGAACAGAGUUUUGAAUAUAUUGUACCUGUUUGCAGUUUGUCAUGACCAAUGCAGUUGGACUUAUCAUGAUAUGAGCUCAAAUUCUCCAUCUUCUAUUUCUCUGUUGCUCCAAGAGAUGAAUGGUUAAUUGAUGCUAUGUUCUUCUCUGUAGAAUCAUUUUUACAAAUAAGAAGCAAUAAGGAAUAAAACGGAAGAUCGUUUUGGGGGGAAUGAAAUGCUCUUUCUUACUGAUUUUCAGUCAGUGAUGUCUUGAUCUUUAGACCAGUCAAAAUGAUGCUUUAUAUACUUAUCAUUGUUAGCUGGUUAAUUAUUGUGAAACUCAAUUAAUAUCUGCAGAAAUAAAAAAGACAAAUAGUUGAGGUUCUGCAUUGCUAGGAUCAGAAAUAGAUAGUGUUUCAAAAGUAUAGCCAGGUAACACAUCAGAGUUCCUUCCAUAGUGAUGAAUUAAAUUGUUUUUGGUGUCAACGUUGAUUUUAAUUAUUUUUUUCCAUUGCUUUGUAGUCCUUUUUUUUUAUAAUAUGUUCAGUCCUGACCAAAACUGUGUGGGAAUAGAAACUUAUAUUGUAAUAUUGUAGAGGCACAAUUUUCUUUUAUUACUGUUAUUAGUAAUGUUACUACUUUCACAUAUACCACAGAAGUGUUGCUGGGCGAUGCUGUAGAUCUGAUGCUAUGUGUGAGUCAUAAUAAUCUACAGAUUCUUCUUUUAGGAACGCAGUUCUAUCCCAACUACUCUGACUUUUAAAAGUUUAUUUAUUUUACAUUUACAGGGGAAGUACCAUGCUUAGAAGGGGUUAGGGCCGUGAAACUUAGAAAUUUUUUUAUUUCAAAUUAAAAAUGACAAUCUGCUGUGUGCUUUUUUCUAUUAUAAUAAGAACUUUCCCCUCUGUUCUUGUCAGAGGCCUUUGCAGAGGUAUUGAUUUAAAAUGUUCUUUUCUUUUGAAGAAAUUUCAACACGGCUUUUGCAUAUGCAAAUUUAAAGUCUACUCGUCUCUUUGACUUCAGUAAAGUAAAAGUAAAGUUCCCCGUUCAGCAUUCAGUAGAGCAGCGGUUCUCAACCUUUUAUGCUCGGCGACCCCUUUUUACAAUCCCCUACUCUGCCGCGACCCCCCCCCCCGCAUACACACACAGCAAUAGAAGAAUAGACAAAAACAAUCCAUUUUUUACAAUGGUCUUUGGUGACACCUGGCAAAUCGUCAAUCGACCCCCAAGGGGGUCGCGAGCCACAGGCUGAGAACCCCUGCAGUAGAGUCAACAAAUCUGAAAAUCACAAUGCAAGAAAACUCUUGUGAAAAUACACUUGGGGGGAGGGGGUGGAUGCACAUACAUUUUUGGUCUUGGGUGAACAGCAUAGGCAAGAAACACUGGCCCAAGGAAAAAGUUUUUUAAAAUUAUGACAAUUUAUAUUUGUAAUUAAUAGUACUAUUCAAACUUAAAAUGCUGAAUCAAUGACUAUUGCUUCGGAAACAAAGUUCUGUUUGGUAAAAUUUUGUCGCACAAUGCAUUUUGGUUUUGCCUCCUGACAGUAUAUCAAUGUCUUGCAAUUUUUUAUUUUUUUUUACUUUUGUUCCAAAUCAGGGAAAUGUUUGCUCCAGACUCGGCAGUAUCUGAAAACUGUAAAAUUAGAAGACUUCACAAGUACAGGAGAUUUAAUAAUAUUGUGCUUAUUGUCUGUUCUAAUGUUUGUCAGAUUUUGUUUGGCAUAAUAUCUGAAAUGUCAGUCCUACUUUGUUAUAGUCAUGCCCAUUUUGAUUUUCUAUUCCCAUGACAUGUGUUAAAACUGUGUGUCAUAAGGCCAACAUCACUCUUAUCAUCUCAUAUUCAAUAAAGAUGGUUUAUACAUUU